CUCCCAUUCCCUACUCCGACUGCUCGAUCUACUUCUCAUUCAGCGGGACAACCCACACCACCGCAUCUGGUUGCUCGAUUUGUUUGGAUCGGCACGCAGAGAGAUGAGGACUUCUGCUGUGGCCUUUGCUGCUCUUCUGCUGCUACUACUUCUGGCUACAAGAGCACAUGGAAUAAGGCUGAACAGGCAGUUACAUGAAGCAAUCACAAGCAAGGAGAUGGCCGAUCCCAAGUCCGGCGCCGGCGAAGCAUCCAUUGCUGACUCGGAGAAGAAGCACUGCGCUCCCGAAGGGCGUUGCUCAUCAGCAGGAAAGGUGAAAAAGGCGCUGGCGCACGCUGAUGAAACGGCAGAAGCUAAGCAGCAGCAGGAGAUCGGCUCAGCGGUAAACGUUCACGACACGACGGUCGACGCCGGGGCAACGCAUCAAGCCGGGCGGCGCGAAGCCUCGGCGGCGAGCCAUGGGUCCCCGGACGACGCGUCCGCGGGCGCGGCUUCCACGCGCGUGGCGGCGCGGCAGCGGCAGACGACGUACCCGGACCUGAUGGAGAUCGCGGGCAUGGACUACUCGCCGGCCACGAGAAAGCCGCCCAUCCACAACUGAGCGCCGCCGGCAAGCCGGCUGGGCUUGGCGGUAAAAGAGAUGAGCACGUGAGCCGCACGCAGGACAAGUCUAGUAGCAAUAGCCAGCUACUAGCUAUAGUGCUUACGACUGGCCUAUUAGCUUUGUUUGUUGAUUAGUUUAGCUAGCUAUAAGCUAUAGCCGGUAGCCGUAGCUGCUAGCGAGCGCUCCGGCGAUGAUCCUGAUUCCCGAGUCGUGACCCCCUCCCUGCUGAUGAAUAGAAUAGUGCGUACAGCUAGUGACCCAUGGAUACUGGACAGCAUCGCAGGAAAUGCUGCACCUUUUGUGACGACGAUAC